AACCAGGGCUCCAGGUGAAGUCUGAUCAUCAACAGGAUCACACAGCAACCAUGAGGUGUCUAGUCUUCGUUCUGCUCAUCGGAGCUGCUUUUGCCACGGAGGAGGACAAGAUUGUCGGAGGGUAUGAGUGCAAGCCCUACUCCCAGCCCCAUCAGGUGUCCCUGAACUCUGGCUACCACUUCUGUGGAGGCUCCCUGGUCAACGAGAACUGGGUUGUGUCUGCUGCUCACUGCUACAAGUCCCGUGUGGAGGUUCGUAUGGGAGAGCACAACAUCAAGGUCACCGAGGGAAACGAGCAGUUCAUCCGCUCCUCCCGCGUCAUCCGCCACCCCAACUACAGCUCCUACAACAUCAACAACGACAUCAUGCUGAUCAAGCUGAGCACGCCCGCCACUCUCAACCAGUACGUGCAGCCUGUGGCUCUGCCCACCAGCUGUGCCCCCGCUGGCACCAUGUGCAAAGUCACUGGCUGGGGUAACACCAUGAGCUCUUCCGCUGACGGAAACAAGCUGCAGUGCCUGGACAUCCCCAUCCUGUCUGAGAGGGACUGUGAUAACUCCUACCCCGGCAUGAUCACUGACGCCAUGUUCUGCGCUGGAUACCUGGAGGGAGGCAAGGACUCUUGCCAGGGUGACUCUGGUGGACCCGUCGUGUGCAACGGUGAGCUGCAGGGUGUUGUGUCCUGGGGCUACGGAUGUGCUGAGAGGGACCACCCCGGUGUCUACGCCAGGGUCUGCCUCUUCAACGACUGGCUGGAGAGCACCAUGGCCAGCUUUGCCACGGAGGAGGACAAGAUCGUCGGAGGGUAUGAGUGCAAGCCCUACUCCCAGCCCCAUCAGGUGUCCCUGAACUCUGGCUACCACUUCUGUGGAGGCUCCCUGGUCAACGAGAACUGGGUUGUGUCUGCUGCUCACUGCUACAAGUCUCGCGUUGAGGUUCGUAUGGGAGAGCACAACAUCAAGGUCACCGAGGGAAACGAGCAGUUCAUCCGCUCCUCCCGCGUCAUCCGCCACCCCAACUACAGCUCCUACAACAUCAACAACGACAUCAUGCUGAUCAAGCUGAGCACGCCCGCCACUCUCAACCAGUACGUGCAGCCUGUGGCUCUGCCCACCAGCUGUGCCCCCGCUGGCACCAUGUGCAAAGUCACUGGCUGGGGUAACACCAUGAGCUCCUCCGCUGAUGGAAACAAGCUGCAGUGCCUGGACAUCCCCAUCCUGUCUGAGAGGGACUGUGAUAACUCCUACCCCGGCAUGAUCACUGACGCCAUGUUCUGCGCUGGAUACCUGGAGGGAGGCAAGGACUCUUGCCAGGGUGACUCUGGUGGACCCGUUGUGUGCAACGGUGAGCUGCAGGGUGUUGUGUCCUGGGGCUACGGAUGUGCUGAGAGGGACCACCCCGGUGUCUACGCCAGGCUCUCCACGUGGCAUCAACCAAUCAUGAGGUCUCUGGUCUUUGCUCUGCUCCUUGGAACUGUGUUUGCCACAGAGGAUGACAAAAUUGUUGGAGGGUAUGAGUGCACGCCUCACUCCCAGCCCCAUCAGGUGUCCCUGAACUCUGGCUACCACUUCUGCGGUGGCUCCCUGGUCAACGAGAACUGGGUGGUGUCUGCUGCUCACUGCUACAAAUCCAAAAUGGAUAUCGUCCUCGGCGAUCACAAUCGUUGGUGGCUGGAUGGCAACGAGCAGAUAAUUUCUGCUUCCCUCGUGAUCCCUCAUCCCAACUACGAGUCCUGGCUGGUUAACAAUGACAUCAUGCUGAUCAAACUGAGCGAACCCGCCACCAUCAACCAGUACGUGAAGCCGGUGGCUCUGCCCACAAGCUGUGCCCCCGCUGGCGUCACAUGCACGGUCUCUGGAUGGGGUGUGACCAUGAGCUCCGCUGCUGAUAGUAACAAACUGCAGUGCCUGGAAAUCCCCAUCCUGUCUGAGGAGGAUUGUGACCACUCCUACCCCGGCAUGAUCACCGAGGCCAUGUUCUGUGCUGGAUACAAGGAGGGAGGCAAGGACUCCUGCCAGGGUGACUCUGGUGGUCCUGUUGUGUGUGACGGAGAGCUGCAGGGUGUUGUGUCCUGGGGCUACGGAUGUGCAGAGAGGAACCACCCAGGUGUCUAUGCCAAGACCUGCAUUUUCACAGACUGGCUGCAGAGCACCAUUGCCUCUAACUGAAUCCAGUCCAAUCACAUGUCUGCUACAGCGGUUUUUAUACCGCAAAAUCCUGUGUCAAUGAAACUCUGCCUGUUGUAAUGGAGAUUGCAAUAAAACAAGUGUAACACCAGCA